AUGGAGGGUCGCAGGGCGCGCUCACGCUGCAUCUUCCUGUGCUGCGUGGCGGCCGCGGCGGCCAUGUCACUGCUCUACGUCGCCACGCUGGACGCAUGGCAGCGACCCGACCGUGAGUCCGGCUGGCGGCGCCGCCUGCUGGUGUCCACCCCCGGCUGCGAGCUGCCCGCCAUGGAGCUGCGCUCCGCCGCGGUGGCGCCCUACCUGCAGCGCGAGCCGGCGCCGCCCUGCCUGGGCGCCAGCCCCGCCGUGCUGUCCAACGCGACGCACCUCUGGACGCGGGACCGCCGCCCGGACUGCUGCCUGCAGCUGCUGCUGCCGCGGCCGCGCUCCGACUCUGCCUACUCGAUGACGAACGGGUGCAUGCCGCUGCCGGCGUCCGGGCUGAGAGUGUUGGACAGCGAGGGCGGCGGUCCCGAGUUCGUGCGCGUCUCGUGCCCCGGCGAGCGCUGGCAGGACCUGCACGCCUUCGUGCCCCUCACCAGGCCCGCCUACAACUGCUCCGCUGCUGACGGCUCCUGCGGCGGGGAAACGGCGGCGAACGACUCGGUGAAUGUGCUGAUGCUGGGCCUGGACGCCGUCUCGAGACUCAACUUCCACCGCCAGAUGCCUCUGACUGCCGACAUGCUGCGGGAACUCGACGCCAUCGAGAUGCUGGGCUAUAACAAGGUUGGCGACAACACGUUCCCCAACAUGCUGGCGGCGCUCAGUGGCCACACGGAGCGUGAGCUGCGGGACUCCUGCUGGGACGGCAAGGCGGCCUUCAACCCCUGCCCCUGGGUCUGGUACAACUACAGCGCAGCAGGACACCGGACGAUGUUCAUCGAGGACUCUCCGUACCUGGGCAUGUUCCACUUCGAGAAGCCGGGCUUCUCUGAGCCUCCCACGGACUACUACCCUCGACCCUACAUGCGCGCCGUCGACAAGGAAUUGGGCCACGCCGGCACCGAGACUACGAGCAGGUGCGCUGGUGAGCGGCUUCAGGUGUCCGUGUUGCUGACGUACGUUCGCAAGUUCGUGGAAGCGAUGGGCUCUGCUGGCUGGCGCUACUGGGCACUGGGGUGGAGCACGUCCGUGACGCACGAUCGGCUCAACGGUCCGCAGCUGGCGGAUAGCGAGCUCAGCAGCUUUCUGCGCUGGCUGAGGGACACGGGUGCACUGCAGUCCACCGUGCUCAUGCUGCUCAGCGACCACGGCAUUCGCGCCGGCGCUUUCCGGCAGACGCGGCAGGGCCAGCUGGAGGAGCGGCUGCCGCUGCUGGCCGUGGCGCUGCCCCCCUGGUUCUCCCAGCGCUACCGCGCCGCCGCGCGCAACCUGCGCCGCAACUCGCGCCGCCUCAGCACGCCGUUCGACCUGCACCGCACGCUGCUCGACCUGGUGCGGCCUGACGGCGCGCUCCUCGACCACCAGCUGCUGCGCCGCCGAAGGCGAGAGCUUCUAGCAGUUUGAGCUUAUGGCCUUUGUUUGCUAAGUGAAG